AUGGCGGGAAUGUGGAAGAACGAAAGGAGAGGGGAGAGUGGUGAGGAGGAGAAAGCGAAAACAAAGAGUGAAAUGAAGGUUGCUCCUAGUGGGGCAGUGACGAGGAAAAAGGCGAGAUGUGCCCGAGAAGUGGAGGAGGAAGGGUUGAUGACCUUUUCGGAUAAGAAUAGGAAUGGAGUGGAAUCGGAAUAG